AUGCCACGCUCACCCGUGCUCUUCCUGCUGCUCCUUCUGCUGCAGCCGCAGCCGGCACCCGGCCUCGGGCUCCGCGGCGCGGGCGGCCAGAUCCCCGAGUGCAAUCCGUGCCGGCCGGAGCGCUGUCCCGAGGCCACGCGCUGCCCCGCGCCCAGCAUCGCGGCGCGCGACGAGUGCGGCUGCUGCGCGCGCUGCCUGGGCGCCGAGGGCGCGAGCUGCGGGGGGUGGGCCGGCGUGCGUUGCGGCCCCGGGCUGGUGUGCGCGAGCCGCACCGCGGGGGCCGGGCCCGUGGGCACAGGGCUCUGCGUGUGCGCGCAGCGCGGCGCCGUCUGCGGCUCCGACGGCCGCUCGUACCCCAGCGUUUGCGCGCUGCGCCUGCGCGCCCGGCAGGUGCCCCGCGCGCACCCCGGCCACCUGCACAAGGCGCGGGACGGACCCUGCGAAUUUGCUCCUGUGGUUAUCACUCCACCCCGGAGUGUUCACAACGUCACCGGAGCACAGGCGUCCCUGUCCUGUGAGGUGAGAGCUGUGCCUGCCCCAGUUGUCACAUGGAGAAAGGUCACACGGUCUCCUGAGGGCACCCAGGUGCUGAAGGACCUGCCCGGGGACCACAUCAAUAUAGCUGUCCAGGUGCAAGGGGGCCCUUCUGACCACGCAGCCACGGCCUGGGUUUUGAUCAACCCUCUGAGGAAGGAAGACGAGGGGGUGUACCAGUGCCAUUCAGCCAACGCGGUCGGGGAGGCCCAGUCUCACGGCACAGUCACCGUGGUGGAUCAGAGCCAGUACAGAGCUGCCCGCUUCCCGGGUCCAGAUGACCACAUGUGAGGGGGUAAUGUGCGUGUUCCAGGUCAUCUGCA